AUGAAACUGAUCGAUGAAUACAACAGGACUUCGAAGGGAUUGAAGACAAUUAAGAGGAGGUUAUGGUGUGACUCACGGCCCAAGAGUAAUGGUGCGUCCGAUAGUGAGACUCAACUGUCGGCUCGCAGUCCGGAACCAUUGGAAUCAAUGUUUGAGGACUCGUCGAACAACAUGUCGACUGAAGUGUUGGUAUCGAUGUCACCGAAACUGGUGAUUGACUUCGAGGAAUAUAAUGACAAUAUGGAAGAGGAACUGAUCGAUGAAUACGAACAGUGGGUGAAAGUGUCGGAACCGACACCACAGUCAUCGACAUCGCCGCUGCACUCAAGCCCUCCGAGCGCUUCCAAUGAGUCCAUAGAAUUAGCGAAAGGUUUAAAAACGCCGCCACUGUUAGCACCGGUAUCUCCAGAAACUACCGCAACUUCGGGAGCGUCGAUGGGAACACCGCCUGAAUUGUCGCGUUAUAUGUGUUCACUGGGCCUGACAUCUACUUCUGAAUCGAUAGCCUCCGGAACAGACACUCGGAGGGAACGGGAGGCGGGUGUGGAGUACGACGACGAUAAGGACGAGUAUGUGGUGGAAGACAUUCGGACGAAGGGCUACCGGAACGGACGGGUCGAGUAUCUCAUCAAAUGGCAGGGAUUGGACGAGAGCUACAACUCGUGGGAAGUCAAAGACACGCUGAUCGAGACGUGCGACUGUCAGAAACUGAUCCACGAAUACGAGUUGUCGUUGAAGUUAUCGACGUUUCCGGUGGCGACCCAAAGCUUACAGUCGUUGGGGUCGUUGUGCGCCCACCGGAGCCCCGGUACGUAUGACCGACCGGUGAGUCCCAGAGUCGGGUCCCGAGUACUGCGGCCACGGGUUAACCGAAAGUACGUACACUUUGACAGCGAUUCCGAUGAAUGAGUUUGUGGUUAGCCAUCGAUGACUAUGAAGACCAUGAAUGGAGUGAUAAUAUUGACGACAUUUACUAACAAUCAGUUUAAUUAUAUUUGCAUUUAUAGUAUUUGUUGUAAUUAUUAGUUAUUAGGACUUAGGGUUACCG